CAAAAAGCCAGCAAAAAUACUCCGAAAACCCACCCAUCAAAGCCACAAACAAUUAACAUUACGUGUUCGACCCCGUCACCACUUUUUAUAUUCGCAUGAAGAUAAACUGCGCCACUUAUGUCACCUCGAAAGAUCUUCUUUUUUCUUUCUUUCCCUAGCUAGGUUCACCGUUUAGCUUCUCUCUUCAUUCUGAAUCCAUCCACAUAAUGGGUCCGCUGGUGUUGACUCAGUUGGCGACGGGACUAGGCGUUUUGGCCGGGGCCGUUCUGGUCAAAUCGGUCAUCGAUCAGAAGCCCAUGGCUGGUAAAUUCCCAAGGUGUCCCCGUUGUAAUGGUACGGGCCGAGUCACGUGUAUGUGUACACGCUGGUCCGACGGUGAUGUUGGGUGCCGAACUUGUGCCGGAUCGGGUCGCAUGGCGUGUAACAGCUGUGGAGGGACUGGUACUGGCCGGCCCAUCCCUGUUCAGAUUCAGAUGCGGCCACCCAACCGGCCAUCUUAAAGUUGCUUGGGUUGUGGGUCAUGAAUUAUGAUUUUUGGCUCUGGUAUAGUUAAUUUUCAGUCCCAAAGUCUGGCUUAUAUUGUAUAACUUUUGUUAAGUUGUAUUCAAUUCAUACUUCAAAACAGAGAUGGGAGAUUAUUAGAUUUUAAUAUGUAUGACAUUACAUUACUUUACUCGUAUAUAAUGAGACAAGUAGUUGUUUUUUUAGUAUAAUAGAAUUCAUGCAUGUUUCCUGGUA